AUGGAGUUCUUUGAAGAGCUAGAGAACGAGAUAGAUGACGGUGGUUUACGAUUCAGCGAGAGAUGUUACUCGACUUCAGAGGAAUUGCAGUUUGGUGACAGUGUUAAUUGGAACGUUGUUGAUGAGGCGAAAAUUGUUGGACAUGGUGGUUGUAAUGGGAGGGGAAUUGGUUUGAAUGGAAUAUAUAUCAGUGACAGCAGCGGUGAAAAUGAAAAUGAAAUUGGUAGGAUGGUCCGGGAGUUGAUAGAGAAACCCGGAGAAGACAAUUAUUUGGAAGAACUACGUCCAGAUAAACACAAUAGCGAGUGGAUUAAUCAUUUGAAGGGGAAGGAUUUGACGAAGGUAUUUGGGAAGAAGAAGAGAAAAUGCAUUAAAAGGGGACAAAAAUACAGUGGGAGAGAUUGUAAAACCCAUUUGAACAUAAAGUAUGAUAAAGGCAGCGGAAAGUACGUUGUACUGUCGUUUGAACCCGCUCACAACCAUGGACUGGCCGAGGUUCACGAGAGGCAUCUGUUGCGGUCGAAUAGGUAUGUUGAUAGGCAGGACAUAGAGGAGGUGAAAGCGCUACUGUCGGCUAAUGUGUCUAUAAGCGGUGCUUUUGAUUUUAUGGUGAGGGAAAUGGGUGACUCAACAUUUGUAGGAUUUAGUCAGAAGGAUUUGUAUAACGCAUUUCAAAGAGAGAAAAGACGAACUGCAGUACUUGGGGAUGCUGAAACUGUAAUCAAUUGGCUGCGUAUGAAAGGCGCAGAGGAAGAACACCUUUUCUCUAGAUUUUGUAGGGAUGAAGAAGGAAGGUUGACUCGUCUAUUCUGGAGGGAUCAUGUAUCUCUAGUGGACUACUGUAAUUUUGGCGAUGUGUUAGUAUUGGACAGCUCAUACAAAACCAAUGUAUAUGGGAUGCCUUUGUUGGUGUUUGUGGGUGCUAACAACCACUGUGCUAGUGUUGUCUUUGGAUGUGCUCUGUUGGCUGAUGAGAGGGAAGAAAUUUUUUGCCGGGCCAUUCAAACAUUCUUACAGUCAAUGGAAGGAGUUGAUAUGCUGAAAUCAGUUGUAACUGAUGGGGACGAAUCAAUGCCGUAG